GUCAGUCACACUUUGAACGGCGCUGUGGCGCUCAUCCUCAUCAGCACCACCGUCGCCAGAAGCACGAGUGACUCGCGCUCCAGCGCCUUCCUCCCGCUGACUGCCGAAUGAGCCAUACGGAGCGAUUCUAUUUGAGGAUGAUUCCCUGCUGAGGAGCAAAAGCCGAGGGCCACUCACACACCCGCCUUUGGGACGAAGGGGGGUGGAGGAAGAGGAGCGAGGCGACGAGCCGUUUCACGUUUCCAGCGCUCGCCUCAAGUGAAGGCGGUAGGGUCGGGAGGGGGGGACUUUGCCAUGGUCCGGUCCGGGGACAUCUUUGUAGCCCUGCUUCUUGUGGGUUGUGCGGUGUCACUGGAUGUGCAGAUCACACCCACUCAUGGUGAAAUCAGUCUCGGGGAGUCCAAAUUCUUCAUGUGUGAAGUUAUGGGUGGGGCUAAGCACAUAGACUGGUUCGGGCCGAGCGGCGAAAGGAUAGAGCCCAACAGACCGGACAUCACGGUGACCCGAAACGACGAGACGUCAUCCAUCCUCACGUUGUACCGAGCAGUGACGGAGAACGCCGGCACGUACAAGUGCGUCGCCACCAAUGGAGAUCAGCAGGGAGAGUCUACGGUUAACAUCAAAAUUUUCCAGAGAAUUACCUUCACAAAUGCGCCGUCACCGCAAGAGUUCACGGAAGGAGACACAGCCGUCAUCGUGUGUGACGUCAUCAGUUCCCCUCCGCCCACCAUCCUUUGGAAGUACAAAGGAGCUAGGAUACAAAUGGAAAAAGACGUUCGCUUCAAGGUGCUGAGCAACAACCACCUUCAAAUCCGCGGCAUAAAGAAGACCGACGAGGGCCCGUACACCUGCGAGGGACGCUUGAUGGCCCGCGGCGAGAUUGAUUUACGGGUUAUCAAGGUCGUCGUAAAUGUGCUCCCAACGAUCAGAGUAUGGCAGUCAGAGGUGAAUGCCACAGCAGAUGUGGGCCAAUCUGCCAUGUUGACCUGUGCGGUCGAUGGCUACCCUGAACCCAUGGUGACCUGGACAAGGAACCAAAUCACUCUGGAGGCGGCAGAGAAGUACAGUUUCAAUGAGGAUGGUUCGGAGAUGUCCAUCAUGGAUGUCAGCAAGCUCGAUGAGGGCGAGUACACCUGCAUUGCCAAAAACAAGGCUGGGGAAACGGAUCAGGAGCUCAGUCUGAGAGUAUUUGUCAAACCUAAGAUCACCUACAUUGUGAACCAAAGCACCUCCGAGAUGGAGGAGCAGGUCAUGCUAACUUGCGAGGCCUCGGGGGAUCCGACGCCCACCAUCAGCUGGAGCUACGGAAACCGCGUCUUCACCGAUGGCGAGCAGGCACACCUAAACAGGAUCUAUCAGGCAUCAUGGACUCGUCCUGAGCAGCACAAGAGUGAGGAUGGGAACGUGGUGGUGCGGAGUGAUGCCCGCGUUUCCUCGCUCACACUUAAGUACGUCAAGUACACCGACGCCGGGCAGUACCUGUGUUCGGCGCGCAGUGCCAUUGGGGAAGAUGACCAGGGGGCAUAUCUGGAGGUUCGCUACACCCCGAAAAUCCAAGGCGAAGUGGCGGUGUACACCUGGGAGGGCAACGCCGUCAACAUUAGCUGUGAGGUGCAGGCGCACCCCAGCCAGGUCACCAUCGGCUGGCUGCGGGACGGGCUCACGCUGCCCAACGCCAACACGAGCAACGUUAAGAUCUUCAGUACGCCCCUAGCCAGCUACCUCCAAGUGACGCCGGUGUCUGAGAAUGACUUUGGGAGUUACAACUGCACUGCUUCCAAUGAGAUGGGCACAGAAGCCAAAGAGUUCGUCCUCAUUCAAGCCGAGGUGCCCUCAUCUCCAUUCAUCAAUGAGGUGUCACCUUUCUCCACUACCGCGCUGGUUCAGUUCGAGGAGCCUGAAUCCACCGGAGGUGUCCCCGUGCUCAAGUAUAAAGCAACGUGGAGGAUGCAAGGCAGAGGCAGCUGGUCGCACAGAAUCUAUGAGUUCAAAGAUGACUCCAUCGGCGAGGUGACCAUCACACACCUGAGGCCAGACACCACCUAUGAAGUCAAGAUGUCUGCCAUCAACGGGAAAGGGGAAGGCGAAAGCUGCCCCGUCGAGACCUUCAAGACGAAGCCAGUCCGAAAUCCAAGUCCUCCCAGGCUUGAAGGAGCGCUUCAGCCAAUUGGUAACUCUCUGAAAGUCAGCUGGACCAAGCAAGAUGACGGUGGAUUGCCCAUCCUCCAUUACCUUGUCCGCUUCAAACCAAUUGAGUCUUCACACUGGAAACCCGAAAUCCGCAUGCCCAGCAACAGUGACUAUGUGAUCCUAAGCGGGCUGGAGUGGGACACCAUUUAUGACAUCUCCGUGGUGGCCGAGAACCAGAAGGGCAAGUCAGAGCAGGCGAGCAUGUCUAUCAGGACGUCCGUCCAGCCGGCCGUCAUGCCAGAUUUGGACGAAGACGCGGCGUUCCCCAUGGGUGUCAUGCUGUGGGCGGGCAUCCUGGUGGUGGCGUUUGUCCUGCUGCUCCUGGCCGUCGACGUCACGUGCUACUUCGUCAACAAGUGCGGCCUCAUCAUGUGCCUGUGCGGCAAGUCGACCUCCGGAACGAAAGGCAAAGACCUGGAGGAGGGCAAGGCCGCAUUCAUGAAAGACGAGUCCAAAGAGCCCAUCGUGGAGGUCCGAAUGGAGGAUGAGUGCACAGCCAAUCACAAUGCAGCAGGCCCAACGGAACCCAGCGAAACCACGCCCCUCACAGAGCCAGAGCUGGCGGCUUUCACUGCUGCCCUGGCACUGGACACACUCUCCUGCGAUACGGCCACAGCCACCAUUGACCCCACUCAGGACAGCCCCUCUAGCGAAACCACCACACUCACGUGUAGCCUGUCCACCCCGGCCAACGACCCCUCGCCCACACCCAUCCCGGCGCCGGCACCCAGUCCGGAGACGAGCGCGCCGCCGGCGACUCCCCCCGUGUGCAGGGCAGCCAUCGAGGCCAAGAUCGCGCCGUUAGUCGAGCGGAGGGGAGCCGAGUGGGUGGCGGACAAAGAAGAGAAGACAAAGAGCGACGGUCCACCCGGCACCCCCGAACGGACUCAGAAACCCGGGACGCCGAUCCCGCCCAAACGGAGGCACUCUCCUAAACUUGCCGCUCUAAAGGCUAAAGCUAGUCCGCCCGUCUCUCCGUUGGCCACGGACCCUCCUCUUACUCCAGACACCAAGAAACCAGCUCCCAGUCCGCCGCUCACACCCAAAGACCCCGAUUCAAAAUGCACCUCUGACAAGCUCGCCCAGCCGUCCUACCCUCAUAGCUCCCCCCCUAACCCCCCAUCUUCAGCCAUCCACGGCGCUUCCAAAGUGCCGGAUGCUGAAGAAUGUUCCCCUCUGGUCCGAGAUAUCCCAACACCUAAGUCUCCCCCGCCUGCGAGCGACCUCCUCGCAUCACCACCUCACAUGUACGACUUACUCGCCCACGGCAUGGGUCUCAAUAACGCCACAUUCGACUUGGAGCUGAGUAACGGCACGGAGAGAUCCUCGGCCGUCCCCGAUGAUCUCAUUAGCUUAGAGAGCCCGCCCUCUGCCCCUUCUCUGCCCAAUGGAGAUGGAGCAGAUCUCCCCCUCUCAGUGGACGCAUCAGAGCCUCUGACCAAGACCGCUCCUCCUGUCAACGAUGAGUACGGCUCCCUCUAGAGGAUGAUUUUUUCGGAAGGGAAGGGCAAACUUCAGGAGGAGCUGUCCAACGCCAUGAAGGAGACGCCCGCCGAACACAACAGUGUCAUACAGACAAAGACCACGCAAAGCAAAGCAUGAAAAACAAAACAAACAAAAAAUCCAUCUUAAACAUUGUGCGGCUGCGGGAAUUUUCACUUCCAGUGCGCUAAAGUAAACACAUCAACCCCACCCUCCCCCCUCCACACACACACACAUUUUCAAGCACACACUUUCACCCCCUGAGGAGUUUAUCUUCUAGUCCCCAGAUUUUUAUUUUUUUAAUUUAAUUUAACAGGACUAUAUCGUGACUCACCCAAGCAUUCGAUUAUCAUGAGAACUAUAAAACAACAUUCUUUGCGGUCGUCGUUUUGUCUUUUGUGCGACAUUUUUGUUUUCUCUGACCUUUUCAUUCGUGCACCCGUCUCGUUAGCUUGUUUGUGCAUGUUUGGCCUGCAGAUGGUUGCUUAAAAGCUUUAUGGUUUCGCCUCUCCAAUUCCAGCCCCCAGUACCCUACCCCGACACACAUACACACACACGGAGCUCACUGGAUGGGGUCUUUUUGGCGAUCCCAUGUACCGUCACUGCCUCACCGGAGGUUGGAAAACCGACACACUCAAAAAAGAAGUGGGGGCCGAGGGGCGUCACCAUCAGGAGUGCUGAUAUGUUGUGAUCUAAAUAUGUUUCAUUUCUUCACCGCACAAAACAAAUGAACAAAACUACAACAACAAAAACAAAACCACUUUUUGGGGAGUAGUACUUACAAACUACGAAAAUUUCCAUCCCUGCCUGCAAGCUUGUGCACUGUGCCUGUGUGCGCGCGCGCGUGUCAGUUGAACGUCCUUGUCACCGGUUUCUAUGAUAAUCUGCUUUGUCGUGAGAGAUCUAGCAUCUUGUUUUUAUAUAUAUAUAUAUAUAUAUAUGUAUAAAUAUUAUACUGUAUAUUAAAAUGUACUACUGUAUUAUUGUUAGAAGAAAAAAAGUGUGCUCAAUGGACUAAUGAGGUCAUGAUGAUAAUAACAGGUGUCGUGUUUAUUAAAGUGUCUCAAACACACACACAUUCACACACACACACAGCGCUCCGUAUACAGCGUCAAGUCAGUGGUUCUCGUGAAGGAAGGCAUGAAAUCAUAACUACUAACGACCAGGCACGUUGUUUGGGACCUAAGUCGCUCAUUUUCUGUUCACAAGUGUUGCUUUCGCCCCAAUGUUUUAUUUUCUCCUUCAAGUGUUCUGUAAUGUGCUUUCUUUUAUCUCCCCCGCCACCCUCCCCCCUUUCAAUUCUUGUCUUUUGUACAAUCCACCUGUCAGGAAGCAGGGUGGUCACUCGCUCGUUUUCUAAGACAGCAAAUGCAAAGUCAACAAAAAGUGGAAGGACCGUAUUUCCUCAAAAUAAUGGCUCCCUCGAAGAAGCGCCUCCCGUUUUGCAUUGUGAAAAAGUACAAAAUAAAACAGACACUUCUGCUCACACAUGAAAGCGUUGAGCCUCUCGAGUGAAUUUAAAAGAUUGAGACUUACUGAGUUUCCUGUGUGGAGAUGACGUUUUUAUUGACCAUUAGCUUUCUCUUACACUCUAAUAUGUGAUCACUCGUUCACUUGAUAAAAAUGCAUGCCUCCAUCAAAUAAACAUUUCCUUUUUCCGAUCAUGAAAAAAUUUUUAUCGUUCACACACACUCAGAUUCAACUACGAGCCCAUCUGCACUUUGUCGUUCACCAAAACUGCAGCACCUUCAUAGAUGUCGUCCUUCACACUUUUAAGACCAUAAAUGCCUACCUGAAAUAAACACCUCCCCUUUCAUAUCAGAAAAAACGAUGUAAUUGCAAUUUAUAAUAAUAAUAAUACAUUAUAAGCACCUUUCAAAACACUCAAGGACACUAAUUUAGACACAAUUGUUCCCACAGAUAUUUUUAAGUGUUAACUGCGGUGCUCAUAUGGACUCUGUUGUUCACAUAAACAGUGGCACCUAUCAAGGCACUGACCACAAAAAAAAAAAAAAAAACCCUCAAACGUCUCACUUUCCUGUCCAAACCUAUUUAAAUCAGCCAUUAACUCUGAUUAUCUCAGUUCAUUGAUGUAUUGUUCAGACAUUAAUAAACACAAAAAUAAACAUGACGUCUUUCCAUACAUGUAAAAUUCCGAUUUCACUUAGUGUGAAUUGCUGAAUGAUUUUCGUAUUCCAAAAAUUAGUACAAAUAAAAACCUGGCCCCUCAUGAACGCCCGUUACUGAUUUGAGGAAAUACCGUCCCUUUGAACAGAACUGCUCAGCUGUCAUCGUACACCUUACAGACCACCUUGCUUUCUCGUCUCCAUCUUACGGGGUGGAAAAAUCUCAGUAAAUAUCUGCUGUGUACAGUCUUGAGUGCUAACCCAUUUUCAAAAUAAAAACAUUGUUUCUCAAUCUCA